AUGAUGCCCAACAAUGCAUUCCACAUGCAGCAGCAACACAUACCUCAACAGCAGCAUCCCGCCACCAUGCAACAAAACGCCGCCUACAUGAUGCAGCCUUCCGUCUACGCUCAACAUCCCGCUGCUCACCAGCACCAGUCCCAGCCCCCCACACCACAGCUCCACCAGCAGAUGCAGCAAUCCAACCCGCACCACCAACAGCAGCUUUCCCAGCAACAGCAACAGCAACAGCAACAGCAACAGCAACAGCAACAGCACCUACAGAUGCAGCAACAUCCGCAGCAUCAGCAGCAGCAGCAGCUUCAGCAGCAACCUGUCGUCUAUGGUGGUGCAAACCCAGCCGCUCACAUGCAGAACCCCAAUAUGGCCUCGUCCGCUUAUCAUCCUACCAUGCAGCAGCACCAGGCGCAAAUGGCGAGGAUCGCGCAGGCUAACCAGCCACACAUGCUCAACGGCCAACCGCAGCAGCGUCCACCCUUGCCUGCCAACCUCGCGCUAGCUCAACAGCAGCAGCAGCAGCAGCAACAGCACCAACUUCAACUACAACAGCAACAGCAGCAUCAACACCAACAGCAGCAGUUGCAUCUCUUGCAGCAACAGCAGCAGCAGCAGUCUAAUCCUCAUGCUCCGCCGCAUACCCCGCAACAGCAACAUCAAGUCCUGUUGCAACAGCAGCAGCAGCAGCAGCAACAGCAACACAUGCCUGCACCGCCAUCACAGGUCAAUCUACAUUCGCAUCCGCAAGCACAGCAGUCUCAUCAAGCUCAACCCUCUUCCGCACCUCCGACCCACCAACAGCUCCCUCCCUCCACUCCUGGCCCCGCUCUCCACAAUCCUUCCAACUCGCAGCCCACCACCGCGCAUAACAGUCCGUUGCCCAACGCACUCGCACAACGUCCACCUCAACCUGGUCCCCAUCGUACUUCGACUCCCUUGCAGAACCCGGGCUCGGCAAUAUCCGCUACUCCCGCGCAAGCUAAUUCCGUAUCCAGUCCGCAGGUCAACGGACCCAUCCCCACGCGCCAAGCAUCCGUCCCUUUGAACCAAGCCGCGCCUUCCACUCCCACUCACACCAGACCACCAUCCGCCGCACCCACCCCCUCGCUACAGCCAGCAACCGCACCACAAUCUGGCCACAUCCCCCAACCCAACACCACUUCCCCAAUCUCGGCUCAGCUGUCCUCUGUUCCGCCAGGCUCAAAUCCCGCCAUCAACGGUGCCAUGUCAUCGGGUCUCAAUUCUGUUGACAGCUUAGCAGGAGCUCCAGGUCCCAACCCGCAGCUCCAGUCUCACUUCCACAGUGGCUCGGCUGUGCUCAGGUUGCUCCAGUACUCCGAAGGUCUUGGAUCCGGCAACAAUCGCGCAGAUAUCGACUAUUGGCGCUCGUUUGUCAACGAGUUCUUCAUCCCUACCGGCGUUUUCCGUCUGAUCCUUUGGAAUGCCACUUCCCGCGAGCAGAAGGGUUUCGAAGUGCCCACCUGCGUCUUGCCGCGCUAUCUGCUCACCAACUACGUCUCUGGAUUGCGUUCGUCGCAGCUGCAGCUCGAGAACCCAAGAGAGUACCACACCGGUUGGCCGCCCGUCAAUCCUUUGCCUCCGCCUCCGUCUUCGCACAAGUACCUCAACAGCUUUCCCUCGGCCGAUGUGACCCAUCAGGUCGACGUUGCGAAAGCCACGUUCCUGUCCAGCUUUGACAGUGGCUGGCAGGUGCAGAUGACGGGGCUGCUGCGUGCAUGCUUUGUCCCCUGGGCCUCGCCGCAGCCAGGCGACCCGGCCAAGAUGGAUGUGCAAUUGCGGCUUGAAUCGCUUGAUUUCACGGUUCACACGCACACGGGCUACAUCCCACGCGUAGCCAUCCAAAAGUCUAAAGUGGAACAUCCUCUGCCCAACAGCUUGGUGGCCAACAUCCUCAGCACAGGCGAUACCAACACAUCUGGCCAGAAUGGCGCCAAGACGGCUCAGUCAAGAGCUGGUCCGGGCGGCGUCGGUGGUCGCAAGGACGAAGCGGACGAUGCCAAACGCGACGAGAAUGGCGAGACGGUGGUCAAGAUCGAAGAGGGCUCCGGCUCGGGCGACGACGAAGCAAAGAGCCAGAGCGGCUUCACCGUGUCGGUGGAAAGGACCUUCUUGCCCGAGUACCCGGUCAACGAGUACGGCAUCAGCCUGCGUGCGAUGCGCUGCCUCGAGAUCACCGAAAGCGUAUGCCAGCUGCGUGACCUCAUCGACCUCAGCAUGCGCGACAAGUUGGGACCCAUCGACUCUCUGCGCAAGUUUGCCACGCAGUACAGGGAGAUCCAGUCCGGUCGUCCCAUGUCGCAGACAGGCGGUGCAGCCGCAGAUGCCAAUGGCACAAGUCAGCAGCAGCCAGCACGAGCCAGCAAUAACGCUACAACGCCAUCACAGAUGCCCGGUCGACCACCGAGUGCGCAAGGUGGUCCCACCGAGAACGGGAUCGCUUCCAACCACGCAUCACCAAGUGUAGCCAACGGUGUCUCUGGGCUCAAACGCAAGGGCAAGACGGCGCCUAGUCCGAGUCCCAAGCUGUCGAGCACUACCAAUCCGGCAAAGAGGCAACGAUGA